AUGACUGAUGCCAAAGAAGGCGUUUCACUGUUCGAUCACACGUCUGGCACUGCCGUUGCUCCUGCUGACACUGCUCCUGCUCUUGACCGCUCACAGUGGCAGACUCGCGAUGCUGCUGUGCGCCUCGCUUUUCGCAAUCAUCUGUUGAUCACUGAGCGCGCGCAUUUUAGCCAGCACAAGACUGCUAAGGCACUGUAUGACGCUGUAGUUGCGCGCUACUCCUCCCCGGCCACUGCAGCCCUAGGUCGUCUCAUGCUACCCUACCUGUUCCCCGACCUGUCCUCGUUUCACACUGCUGAGGACCUCAUCUCUCACCUGCGCGCUAGUGACACUCGUUUUCGUACCGCCCUUACAGACGAGUUCCUCGCCAAGAACACCCCUCCGAUGUACUUUACGCUCUACUUCCUCGUCACCCGCCUCACAGACACUCUUCGCUCAGUCAGGGACCACUUUCUCGCUCUAGACCCUACCGCUCUCACCGUCGACGACUUCGAGACGCAACUCCUCGCAGCUGAGAAGAACAUCCUUGCUGUGGGUGCGGCUCGUGGCACUCCUCGCACUCCCCUCUUUGAGGGGUGCUCCCCCUCCCCCCUUGCCCCCUCCUACGCCUCUGCUGCUGCUGCUGUCGACUUCCUUGGUGCUGAGGAGGUCGGGGCUGCUUCCGCUCCUAGUGAGAAGCGCCGAAGCGCCAGGGGCAGAGGGGCUGGCAGGGGAGGUGGAGGUGGCGGUGGAGGGGGCGGUGGUGGUGGCGGCGGGGGAGGUGGAGGAGGUGGGGGUGGUCGGAGUGGUGGCAGUGGUGGUGGGGGCGGCGGUGGUACCGGGAGCAGUGGCGGUGGCAGCGGCGGUAGUGGGGGAGGAGCCAGUGGUGGUGGCAGCAGUGGUGCGGGCUGGGGUGGAGCCGGCCAGAGAGGGACAGGGAUAGCAGCAGCAGUAGCAGCAGCCGCAGCAGCAGCAGCAGCAGCCCCAGCAGCAGCAGCAGCAGCAGCAGCAGCAGCAGCAGCAGCAGCAGCAGCAGCAGCAGCAGCAGCAGCAGCAGCGCUGCUUUGCUCGGCUUAG